CACUCUAGCCGCUGGCGACUGUGCCUUUAAAUUGCUGCUUUUGGAGGGCGCAUCUAGGGGGAGGUGGGAGGGAAGGAAACAUCUUAUUACUGGCCUCCCUCCUCCCUCCCUCCAAGACUCUCCAGGGUUUGGAGAGUGAUUGCUGCCCAAAGAGAAUCUUUUCUAGCUCCCUGGCGACAGGCCUUUUGUAGCCCAAGGCGAGCCUGAGCUGGAGCCGCUAGGGUUAUCUGUGUCAGGAUCAUUUCCAGGGGAAUAGUUCUGGCCCCUGACUGGUAAAGACAGGGCAGAGGAGAAGAGACAGAAGAGAGAGGGCACAACUUCAGCCCCUUUGCUCACUGUGAGCAGCCCGUGUUGGAGGAAGGCACUGUACUUUUGGCGUUCCCGCAGGGAUCCCCCCUCUCACCUUGGCAGUCAGACUGAGAAAGGGCUCCAAGGUCCCCGUGGAAUGACAACUCUUGUUCCUGCAACCCUCUCCUUCUUUCUCCUCUGGACUCUGCCAGGGCAGAUCCUCCUCAGGGUGGCUUUGGCAAAGGAGGAUGUCAGAUCUGGGACCAAGGAUUCGCAGCCCAUGUCACCCUCUGAUUUCCUAGACAAGCUUAUGGGGCGAACAUCUGGAUAUGAUGCCAGGAUUCGGCCCAAUUUUAAAGGCCCACCAGUGAAUGUGACCUGCAACAUCUUCAUCAACAGUUUUGGCUCCGUCACUGAGACUACCAUGGACUACCGAGUAAAUGUCUUCUUGAGGCAGCAGUGGAACGACCCACGCCUGGCCUACCAAGAAUAUCCUGAUGACUCACUAGACCUUGAUCCCUCCAUGCUGGACUCUAUCUGGAAGCCAGACCUGUUCUUUGCUAAUGAGAAAGGGGCCAAUUUCCAUGAGGUGACCACAGACAACAAGUUGCUGCGCAUCUUCAAGAAUGGCAAUGUGCUCUACAGCAUCAGAUUGACUCUUAUUUUGUCCUGCCCGAUGGACCUCAAGAACUUCCCCAUGGACAUCCAGACCUGCACAAUGCAACUGGAAAGCUUUGGCUAUACCAUGAAUGACCUCGUCUUUGAGUGGCUGGAAGAUGCUCCAGCUGUCCAAGUAGCUGAGGGGCUGACUCUGCCCCAGUUUAUUUUGCGGGAUGAAAAGGAUCUAGGCUAUUGUACCAAGAACUACAACACAGGGAAAUUCACAUGCAUCGAGGUAAAGUUUCAUCUGGAACGGCAGAUGGGCUACUAUCUGAUUCAGAUGUACAUCCCUAGCCUACUCAUCGUUAUCCUGUCCUGGGUCUCCUUCUGGAUCAACAUGGAUGCUGCCCCUGCCCGUGUAGGCCUUGGCAUCACCACCGUGCUCACCAUGACAACCCAGAGCUCUGGCUCCCGGGCCUCUUUACCAAAGGUGUCCUAUGUGAAGGCAAUCGACAUCUGGAUGGCUGUGUGUCUGCUCUUCGUGUUCGCUGCUCUGCUGGAGUAUGCUGCUGUCAAUUUUGUCUCACGUCAGCAUAAGGAAUUCAUGCGACUUCGAAGAAGGCAGAGGCGCCAACGCAUAAUCUUGUCCAGAUGGACCAACUGCACAAAUCUGCCCUGUUGGAAGUCUCAAGAACAAUGCCCUGGAGACAGCUACAUAACUGAGCAAUACAGCCUGCCCAACUGGGACUCAGAUAAGGGCAUCAGCUGGUGCUGGGAAGCAAAGAAGCCAAAGUACCAACCAACAUAAUAGCCAAAGGAAUUCACAAAGCUACUCAGAGGCAAUGCCAGGUGGAAUCUACUAUCCCUUCCAUUAAAGCCCCUGGGUAGGGAAGGGAGAUGCAUGGUGUCAGAAUCAGGUAUAAAUGGCUUUCAUUUUCCUUAUUCUUGCCACAUACAUAAAGGAGCAUGGGGAGUGCUAGGUCUCACUGAGGCAUCUGACAUAAAGCAAAACAUUCAAUCACAGAAUUCUUAAACUUAGACCCUUCUUACCACAAUGAAUUGGCAACGGGCGAUAUAAGAGAACCUUACUGUUUGGAGGUAACUUCCAUUUAUCAUCAUUCUUACGGUUCUCAGCUCUGCAGACACCCACAUUAUUUCCUGCCUGUAUCUUACAAGAAAUGAUUUUAAGAUUUAAAACAGCAUUUUAAAAGGGAGAAAUAUCCCUACAUAAAGUGUUAUAAGUGUUUUCAUUAAUUUGUUAUUAAAAUUUAAUGUGAGUUACAUUUUUUAGACAUUUUUUUUUCAAGAGAAAGGGCUUCAUUUCCUUGGUUGUUGUUAAGGCGAUUAGCACCUCCGUCUUCCUUCAGCUUGCCCUGCUCUUUGAAAAACUGCUGUUCUGUCUUCCUGUUUCCCCUUAAUACACUAGCAGAGCCUCUUAUUCUCCCCAGAAUUUACAGGCAAAGCAAAAAGAGAUUUCUCUGUGGAAGAAGAGUAGUAAAUAAAAUUUAUUUCUCUAACUUUCCCCCAUAAGCACUUUCCUUACCUAUCACCAAAGAACAGGCCCUCUUCUAUUUAAAAUGUUAAGUUGAUUUAAAGUUAUUUUUUUCUUUUCAUUGAGUGAUGGUAAUAUCUAAACUUCUUCCAGAAUCUGGGAAUAUUUAUAUGUGCCCUCACUUGUGCUCACUUUGGCACUUGCCUCCCUCCUCUCUCAAUUUAUUAUCAGUAUAUUUGGAUUAACAAUUUCUUUAGACUGCUCUGUUAAUGUGAACAAAUCAAUCAAGCAUGGGAACCAUUCAGCAAUUAUGAAGUUAGGUAGUAUUAUCAUUGGAUCAAUGGAAGAAAUGUGGAAUAGCCUCUUUGGGGGAAGGUACUGCAAUUUUUAUAACUUGGCUUCUGGUAUCUAGCAAUGCUCAAUAUAUGUGUGUAGAAUAAAAGCAUGGCCUCCCAAUUGCAUUAUCUGCAUUGCAUUACCACUUUUCUGCUCAUUUCUUUUUCUUUUCUUUUUGAGACAGGGUCUCAUUAUACAGUCCAGGCUGGCCUUGAGCUCACUUUGUAGCCCAGGCUGGUCUCCAACUAGCAACAAUCCUCCUCCCUCAGCCUCCCAAGUGCUGGGAUUACAGAUGUGAGCCACCAUGCCUGGAUUUCUGUUCAUUUCUUUAUAUUAGUGUUUUGAUUGCAGAAAAACAGACCUAGAAGGCAGCUUAUAAAAUCACACAGAAUUUACACACACACACACACAUACAGAGCGAGUGCAUGUCUUUGAGUGGGACAGAAACAAAGUGAAGAAGAUAAGAAAACUUUGUUAUUGCAUCACUGAAUUAAGAAUCAUACUAUUCUGACUGAACAUUCAAAAUAAUCCACAUAUGAAGACUAGUGUCAGGCUUAUUUCAAAAAUCAAUCACCAGAUGAAAACUGGUUGUGAUAAGUGCAUACAGUAUUGGAGAUUUUAGGAUUUUAGCAGUACAACUAUCUGCCACUCACUCCUACUCCACACACUGUUCCUGGUAGAAAGACAGCCCUCUCUGAAGGGACAGCAAGCAAGCUGUUCUUCCUAGCCUGACUCUUUGUUAUAAUACACUUCACAACAAGAAUAAUGUUUAUAUUCUAUAAAUAUAGGCUGAUGGCAUCAGAAGUGUUUGCUAGCAAACUUAGGCAAGAGGAAGAAAGGUAUCUGAGCCACUGCACUCUCACGUUCUCUCCAUGAAAGUAUGACAAAGUCUGCUGUCAAGAAGCCAUAUGAAGAAGUCAUAUAAGAACUCAACAAUUGCUACCCCUCUUGGGUAGCUCUGUUUUUUGCAACCUCUGCUUUUAUCAUGAAACUUCCUACAAAUCCCAUGCUGUAUUAUACUUUAUGGUGUAUUACAACAGAAGUAUGUGCUUCAAGUGGCACAAGUGCCUGCCUGGCAAGCACAAGGUCCUGAGCUUGAUUCUCAAUCAAAAAAAAAAAAAAAAAAAAAAAUGGAAAAACAGAAGUACAUGCUUUCAGUAUCAGUUACCUAGUAUAAAGGCAAAUUCUUACUAGCACCUAAAUUCAGAAAGUAUGUUGCCUUCUAGAGCUGGAUCUAGGAAAACAGAUAACAUGCAGGCUUUGGUACCAGACAGAGCCUGCAUUUAAAUUAUAAUUCUAGCACUAGAUAUAGGUUCUUGGAAAAAUUACUUCACCCCAUCAGGAGCCUAAGUUUCCUCAUUUGAAGGCUCAAACAUCCAACUUGCAAUAACUUUGCAGCCUUAAGCAAAUUAUUAAACUCUUUUGUGCUUCAGUUUUCACAUCUAUUAAAUGAAAGUAGUAACAGAACCUACCUCAAAGGGUUGCUGUGUGAAAUAAAUUAGACAAUGCUGGCAAAGUGCCUAACUUAAAACUUCAAACAUAGUAAGUACUCAAUACAAAUUAGCUAUUACAUGAGCAAACUACAUCAUCAUAGUCCCUCUUCUACACCUAUCAAAUUUCUAAUACAUGGUCUUCUUUGGAACUUCAAAUUUGCAAUUUCCAAGUCAACUUUAUUCAAAAGAAAGCUUAGGCUAAAAUAACUUCUCAUAUAUUGUCAUCCUAUCACUGGCACUGAAUUGUUUCUAUCAACAUAUAAUAUGCUUUGAAAACUAUGAAACCUUGGAAAAUUGUAUAAUGUCUCCAUGCUUGUUUUCAUCCAAAAUGAAAAAUAAAAAAUAAAAAGCA